AUGUCUGCUGUCGUGUUCUUACGGUUCCUCUGGAAUGAGACAUUCGGUUGCAAAAUCGUUGCUGCGAAGACUAAAGUUGCGCCUUUAAAGUUCGUAUCCAUUCCUCGCUUGGAACUACAAGCUGCAGUUCUUGGCGCUAGGCUGGCUCAAACCGUAAUGAAUUCUCUAUCCAUGAAGAUUUCCAAAAAGUAUUACUGGACCGACUCUCGUGACGUACUUUGUUGGCUAAACUCCGACCACCGACGAUAUACACAAUAUGUUGCCUUCCGUGUCAGUGAAAUUAUGGAGAAUACAGAAGCAAACGAGUGGCGCUGGGUGCCAUCCAAGAUGAAUGUUGCAGACGACGGCACCAAAUGGAGCCCUGGACCCGAUCUCUCAUCUGAAAGCAGAUGGUUUAUAGGCCCAAAUUUCUUGAGGCGAUGCCAGGCAGAUUGGCCAAAACAGCCUAUGAUAAACUGUUCCACAGAUAAAGAACUACGUCCGAACCUGCUUGCGUACCAUUUUCCCUGCGAAAGCACAAUAAACCCUUGUGAGUUCUCCAGCUGGAAUCGAAUGCUUAACGUCACAGCUUUCAUCUUCCGAUUCCUCGCCAACUGUCAUCGAAAAAUUCGCAAAGAACCGGCUGUCACCGGGUCACCAACAACGGACGAAUUAGGCACAGCUGAAGCUUAUCUACUAGUUCAGCUCAACGCGAUGGCUAUCCAGAAGAGACCGCCUAUUUGA